AUGGCUACAAGAUUUCUUUCAUUGUUACGAACUAUCGCUUCAUACAGUGGCGCUAAAAACUUAUGUAGAAAUGCUUAUCCAUUAAGAAAUUUCCAAUAUCGUAGUUUAACUUUGUCGCCACCAUUAAACAAAAUAAAAAAAUCUGGUGAUAAAAAUGCUUCUAAAACAAAGAUUUCUGUAAACUUUGAAAACCAAAUUAUACGGGAGGCAAAAAAUGAAAUGGAAGAAAUUGAAAGGAUUCUUGCUGAAGAGUUAACAAAACAUUUUUCACUACAAGUUGAUCUUAGAAUUUACGAAGAUAUUUUAGUGGACCUUGAAGAUGGAUCGACCAAAAAAAUGAAACAUAUUGGACGUAUCUCGUGUAAAAAUAAUAAUAUGAUUGCAAUUAAUUUCUCUGAUAAUCCUACACUAAUUAAAAAUGCCAAACUUGCUCUACAAAAAAGCUCUCUAAACAUUAAUCCACAACAAGAAGGAGUAGUUUUGUACAUAUCAAUUCCAAAAAUGACCAGAGAAAGAAGAGAAGCAUUAGCAAAUUCUGCCAAAUCAAAAGUUUUUAAUGAAUAUAAAAAUGCUUUGAAUAAAGUUUACAUAGAUGCAGAUGAAAAAUCAACAAAAACAGUCAAGAUAAAAGAUGAAGCACAAAAAAAUAGAACAGCAUUACUAGCUUUGAAAAGAGCAAUGGAAGCUAGAGGUUUGGCAAUGGUUGAAUCCAAACAAAAGGCUUUACUUAGCGAAAUUGCAUAG